GUGGAGGGAGGGGGCUAUCAUGAGUGAGACAGCUUAACUUGGAGGGCAAGGGGACGUAAGUCUGGGCACCUAGUUGGAAACCAGUUGGAAAUCCUGCAAAUGAGUAAUUUCUUAAAGGAUCCAGCGGUCAUUUUUCCCCCCUUAGAUCCCGAGGAACUGGGGGACCUGAAUCUGAGGGUGAAAAGCUGAGGCCAAAUCUUCCAAAAGGCAACAAGGGUAGCUGCUAAUGCAAUAUGAUCCUCUGGGACUCGCUCUAAAAAUACCAUCCAGCCAGGAGUACAUGCGCAAGCUACAUUCGCCUAAUUGGAGAAAGAUUAAACAUUUUGUUUUCAGCUUCUCUAAUUGGACAUCUCAAGGAUGUGAGAAACAUAUUCCAAUACAUUUAUGAUGCAGAAAACCUUUUUUGCAACAUUUCCAUGUGCCUGAAGGCCUUUUGGGAGGUCUUCUGUUAAUGCAGGUAGAGAUUUCCUCUUUUCUUAAAGAAAUCAUUUGAUAAGUAAGUAUUGCAUUUAACUGGUGUAGACAACUUAAAUCUGGAGUCGAGUCUGUCUUACAUUUGAUAAUAUUUAUUCGGAAUAUGUUUACCAUAUCAAAACUCCAAAUUAUUAAAGGCUAUUUUAUUUUUGGACAAUUUAUUGUGCAUUAGAGAUACCUAUUAAUGUAAGUUUAAUUGAAGCUUCAGUCAGUUUAAUAACGUGUAGCAGUCCAUAAAGAAGCUCUCCACUGGAUCAUGCGGAAAGCUGAGGUCCAGAUGACCCUGAAGAAGGGUGCUGAUGAAGAAGCAGGAGGAAUGGCAUCUCCCAGCCCCAGGAUACCAUCAAAACGGGCAAAAGUUACUUCUGAUCAUGUCGUACCAGACCCUGCUGCUUCUUUGUACCCAACCCCAACUCCUCCAGUGUUCAUCCGGAAGAUGAGGAACGCUGCAGUAGGCACUGGCUGUGAUAUCCGUCUGAAAGUGGCCGUGGCUGGAGACCCACAACCUACCCUCUACUGGUACCACAAUGAUGACCUGCUCAACAUGGAUAACCAGGAAUACGGAGGCCUGUGGAUCAGGGAUUGCAAACCCAGUGACGCUGGCCUCUAUACCUGCAUCGCCAUCAACAAUCUUGGAGAGGCCAGAAGCAGUGCUGUCCUAGCCGUUUUGGAUUUGGGUGAAGACUCUGAGACUACAGAAGACGAAGCCGCUGAGCCACAAAUACCCCUGGAAGCUAAAGAAGGAGCCAGAGGUUUUCAGGAUGAGGCCCAACGAGUGCCUGCAGGUGAGAGAAUGAUGGAUGUCGGCCCAGAUGCGAGCGAUCGCUGGGCCACCGGUGAGACCACAGUGUUGGAGAAGGAAGCUCUAGCCCUGGGAUCAAGAGCUCUGGGGCCACAGUCAGCCAGGAGUCCAUCUGAAGAAGUUUUGAGGGAAUCUCCCUCUCAAGUCAUACCGCCCCCUUCCCCCCAAAUUGGCCGCUCUACUGCCUCUCCUUUGCUCAGCCGUUCUGGUUCAGCCCCUGCCACACCCGUAGCCCCACGCAAGAAAGUUGUUGUGCCAACUGAAUAUCAAGACACAGUACCAGGAGAGUUUGAGGAGAAGAUUAAGCAACCCAAAUCCUCAGGCAUGUCUCAGAGUAGUGCUCAAGACUCUCGACCCCAAACCCCUGUCAGCGAGUAUUCCCGAAAGGAACUUACACCUCGGCCCUCACCAAAACUGACAAGAGCUAGCUCCAAAAUCUUUGAGAAGGUGCGAGUCUUUGAAGAGCGCAGAAGAAGUAUUGAUAACCCAGAGGGAUCUAUAUCUGGACGGUCUUGGGCUGGAUUUAAUAGAGCUUCGUCUAUCGACUCUGAUGAAGGAGGGAGCCGGUUGGGGAUCUCGAGGGAAAGCUCCAAAGAAGACCUACGUGAGGCUCUGAAGGCAGAUGCAGACCAGAGAAGGACCAUGUUUAAACAGCGGGCUACUUCCCUGGAGGACAGACCCCAUUACACCCAAAAGGUGCAGGACAUUGAGAACAAGUUCACAGAGGAGCUUCAGCGCAUCAAAAAGCUUGUCGGUAAACCAAACAUGAAGAAAUCCUUCUCAACAGAGCAGCUCUCUACUUUUCGCAGGAGCAGGCAGCCUGUAAGCAAGUUAGAGCCCAUCCCGCCUCAGGUUCUUCAAAAGCUGCAGGAUAGAGAGCGUGCUCAGCGAGAGCAAGAGAUGAGAGAGAGAGAACAACCAAAAGAACGCUCACCUCCAAAAUCACCAUCUCGCAGACGAAAAGUCCAGCUGGCACAACAAUCACUGGAAAAUGUUGAAAGUGAUCGGUCUGUCCCAACCACCAAGGUGGUAAGCACAUUUGGACAAGAACCAUCCCCUCCAGAAGCCAUGUCACUCUUUGAUUUACCCGGACAAAGGUCUCCAAGACUUUGGGGUCCAAGCCCGAGCAGAGAUAGUCCUCGAAGGUCUCCAACUGUAGAGAUUAAUGCCAUGGCUGAAGAGCGCUCUCGAGGUAGAGCUGAAUCUCCAUCCCGCAAUGUCUUAGAGAUGACAUUACGCAAGGUGGAACCAAGACCUGCAAGUCCACUAGUAAAGAGGGUUGUUCGUGUUCGGGAAGUUCCACAAGCAGAUGAUGAGUCCAUGCAUAGGAAGACACCAAUAGAGGUCACGCUGAGAAAACUGGAAAGAAGGCCUGAAAGUCCUCUGGUGCAAGGAGAAACUGUAGCUAUUCAAGAAUGUCCUGUCCAAGCUCCCCCCAAACCUCCAAGAGUUUGCUCAUCUUCCUUAUCUGAGGAAAAGAUGGAUCUGGAUGUGACUCCUUUGCCACCAGCACCAAAGCUCACUAUACCUAAAAUUAUUGUUGAAGAGGAGCCAAUAGAGACAGACAAACCUGCAGAAAAGAAUGAAAAGUCUAAGAAAAGUGGCACUGCUAAAGAGGAAAAACCCCAAAGAAGCAGAGGAAGAGGACGCAGACAACGACCAAUGUCCCCUGAAUGUGAAUCUUCAGAUGACUCAUACGUGUCUGCAGGAGAGGAUCCUCUAGAGGCUCCUGUGUUUGAGUUUCCACUUCAGGACACUGUGGCCUUUACUGGAACAGAGGUGCUUUUAAAAUGCAUCAUCAGUGGCACCCCUCUCCCAGAAGUUACAUGGAAGAGAAACAACACAGAGAUCAAGAACAGCCCAACUCAUGUUGUGAAGGUAGAGGGAGAAAGGCAUUCAUUGCUCAUCAAAUGGACAAAGCCAACUGAUGCAGGAACAUACACAGUUACUGCUACUAACGAGGCUGGCGAGGUGUCCAGCAGAGCUACACUUUUCAUCAAAUCAGAGCCCAGUCUGGACCAGCGACGGAACCUUGGUGUACCCAUGGACGUCAGCAGUCCCAUCACAUCUGAUGAAGAGUACCUCAGUCCUCUUGAGGAGGGGACGGACUUCUCCUUCUACAGGAGACCUGAGCUGAGGAAGAUUGUGGAUACUCGAUUCAAGGAGCCUCCAUCCUUUCAGGUUGUUAUUGGAGACCAAUCAGUUACAGAGGGUCAAGAGGUGAAAAUGUCUGUUCGAGUGAGUGGACAGCCUAAACCCAUGCUUUACUGGCUGAGAGAUAGAGUAACCAUUAAAACGGAUGCACGGCAUAUUGUACAUGAGACAGAAGAGGGCAACUUUGAAAUGAUAAUUAAAUCGGCACAGAAGUCAGACUCUGGUGUUUACACCUGCAAGAUCAUCAACGAGUAUGGGACUAAACACUGUGAAGGCAAACUAGAGGUGAAAGCUCGUCCAAUAGAACCAGGCCUGGCCAUCAUUCGGCCAGUGAGGGACGCGAUGGUGAAGGCAGGGGAGACUGCCUUGUUCGAGUGUCAUGUUAUCGGCCCACAGGACACAGAUGUUGAUUGGCUGUCAGAUGGGAAACUCAUUCAACCAGCUCUGUUGAACUGUAAGAUGCACUUUGAUGGGAAAAGAUGCAGGCUGUUGCUUAACUCUGUACAUGAGGAUGACAGUGGAACAUACACAUGCAAACUGAGUACAGCAAAAGAGGAGCUGACUUCUAGUGCCAAGCUAAAGGUCGUAGCAUCCAUAGAACCCCUCUUCACCCGUAUGCUGGAUGUACUAGAAGUUGUCGAGGGUCGUAAUGCUCGAUUUGACUGCAAGGUCAGUGGGACGCCGCCUCCUCAGGUCACCUGGAGCCACUUUGAUCAUCCGCUGGAGGAAAGCGAAGACAUUCGGAUCUUAAAAGAAGGUGGACGGCACUCAUUAAUCAUCUCUCAUGUUAAUAAUGAAGAUGAGGGUCUCUACACAGUAGUAGCACGGAACUCACACGGAGAGGCUGAGUGCGCAGCGGAGCUGUAUGUGCAGGAGCCCAGACCAGCAAUAUCCUCUCAAAUAGCAAAGCUGGAAAAAAUGCCCUCCAUUCCUGAGGAACCUGAGGUGCCUGAGAAUGAGGUGGAACGUUUCACCAUGCCUGACUUUGUCAAGCCGCUGUAUGAUCUGGAUGUAGUUGAGGGCAGAGAGGCUGUGCUCAGGUGCAAAGUGGCUGGCCUGCCAUACCCAACUAUAAUCUGGUUUCACAAUGGCAAGAGGAUUGACAGCACUGAGGACAGAAAAAUGACACAGUUCAGAGAUGUUCACAGCCUUGUGAUCCGCUCUGUUUGUCAUGCCCACGGAGGAGUUUACAAGUGUGUCAUUUCCAAUAAGAUGGGCAAAGCCACUUGCUAUGCCCAUCUUUAUGUGACAGACAUCCUUCCUGACCCGCCAGAUGGGGCCCCAGUCAUUGAGUCCAUCACUGGCAAGACUAUCACACUUAGCUGGAAGAAACCCAGAAGACUGGAUCCGUCCAUUGAUCCUAGCUCCCUGAUGUAUGCUGUUCAGCAGCAAGCUCUAGGGUCAAUCCAGUGGACCAUCAUCGCAUCUUGCCUGAAACAGACCACCUAUACUAUUACCAAUCUGUCUAAAGGUGUCUGCUACUUCUUCAGGGUGCUAUCAAUCACCAGCAAGGCCUUUAGCAAGCCAUCACCUGUCACUGAGCCAGUGCAGCUGCUAGAUAGAGGUCCAUACUUCCAGGAGGCUCCUGUAAUUGUUGACAAGCCAGACAUUGUGUAUAUGGUGGAGAAGCAGCCCUUAAGCAUCACACUCACUCUGAACCAUGUCAAUGCAUCGGUCACAUGGAAGAGAGGAGGGGUGACGUUGGCUAACAGACUGGGUCUGUUUGAGUUGAGCAUGCCUGAUGAUGACCAGCAUACACUGAAGUUGUGCAAGGUAAAGAGCAGUGAUGUUGGUCAGCUCACCUGCAUCGCCAGCAACAAAUACGGCAGCGACUCCUGCACCCUAACCUUGGAAAUGGCAGUGGCACCAACUUUUGAGACUAUCAUGGAAGACCUGGAUGUGAAUGUAGGUGAGACUCCUCGUUUUGCAGUGGUGGUUGAAGGAAAGCCCGUCCCUGACAUCUUCUGGUACAAGGGAGACACCCUGCUGUCCGAAAGCAGCCAUUUUACAUUUGUGUACGAUGACAAUGAAUGUUCUCUAGUGGUACUGAACACUCAAGCCGAUGACUCAGGAGUUUACACCUGUACUGCUAAGAAUCUGGCCGGUUCUGUGUCCUGCAAGGCUGAGCUGACUGUCCACAUCGUUAAAGAGUACAAAGACGACCCCAAAGAGGAUGAAGCGUCCAUCCUAAGAAAGAUGCGAAGGCUCACUGAUUACUAUGACGUGCACAAGGAAAUUGGGAGAGGGGCGUUUUCAUAUGUGAAACGAGUGAUGCAGAAGACGGGAAAGAUUGAAUAUGCUGCCAAGUUCAUUUCUGCUCGGGCUAAACGGAAGGCCUCCGCUCUGAGAGAGCUUAACACACUGUCCCAUCUAGACCAUGAGAGGAUCCUCUACUUUCAUGACGCCUUUGAGAAGAAGAAUGCUGUCAUCAUCAUUACAGAGCUAUGCCACGAGGAGCUUCUCGAAAGGCUUACAAAGAAAUCAACAGUAAUGGAGUCAGAGAUCCGAUCCAGCAUGAGGCAGCUGUUGGAGGGUAUUAGCUAUCUUCAUCAGCAUGACAUACUUCAUCUAGACAUAAAGCCUGAUAAUAUCCUCAUGGCAGACCCUAGUAGUGAUCAGAUCCGCAUAUGUGAUUUUGGAAAUGCUGUAAAGUUCACGCCUGAUGAGGCACAGUACUGCAAAUAUGGCACUCCAGAAUUUGUCGCCCCAGAGAUUGUUAACCAAACACCCAUCUCCAAGGCAACGGACAUCUGGCCUGUUGGAGUUCUAACAUACUUAUGUCUCACUGGAGUUUCUCCUUUCGCCGGAGAAAACGACCGGAGUUCUGUUCUCAACAUCAGGAACUAUAAUGUGGCUUUUGAAGAGAGCAUGUUUACCGACCUCUGCCAUGAAGCUAAGGGAUUCGUCAUCAAACUGUUGGUGGCUGAUAGAUUGAGACCCAAUGCUAAUGAAUGUCUUCGGCACCCCUGGUUCAAGACCCUGAAUAAGGGAAAGAGCAUCAGCACAGAUUCACUCAAAAAGUUUUUGUCAAGAAGAAAAUGGCAGCGGUCUCUUAUCAGCUAUAAAUCUAAGAUGGUGAUGAGGUCUAUACCUGAGUUACUGGAUGACUUUUCCAGCCAUAUUUCCAUUGCUGUUCCACGACAUCUGAAACAAGGCUCACCACCACCUUCAUCAUCUUCAGAUUCAGAUGAAGACAUUGAUGAGCUGCCUUUUAUCCCAAUGCCCAUAAGCAUGGAAUUCUCAGGUUCUAGAAUGUCACUGACUGAAAUUGUAGGGGGUGAUGAAAUGACAGGUAGACCGAAUGGAAAUGCUGAGAAGCCUGCUUCAAGCCAUCAGAAGUCAGAGCCUAUGGAAGUGGAGAUGAUAGAUGGAGAGGGUGGAGAUUCAUCUGCUAGAGGUAGAGCCAGGAAGAGGUCAACGCAAGAAGAUGAAAAAGACUUAUCUGAUGAAGAACCAUCAGAAUUGGCCAAAAGAGCCAAACAGGCAAAGAGACCAAUGCGCAGAGGUUCAAGCAUGGAGUCAGAUGAAUCUGAGGGAGUGCGUCACAGAGGAGAGUUUCGCAGAGGAAGCUCGGCUGACAGUGCCCUACAGCUUCACAUCAAACCAGAGGAGGGCACAGAAGAAAACUCUACCGAUGGAAGUAGAAUUCUACAAAAGUCAGUAUCUAUGGAGCUUCCAAGGAGAAGCCCAAGUCCAGGAGCUGCAAAGCUGAGCCAGGAAGACUAUGCCCUGAAAUUGGAACUGAUGAGGCAGAGACUCCUCAGGGGUGGCUCUGUAGACAACAAGAUGAGUGGAUUACGAGGCCCAUUGCUUGAGACAUUAGGUAUGGGGGAUGAGAAGCGAUAUGUGCGGGGGUCUCACCUUGGUAACCCUCCGCUUGUUAGAGCGGCAUCCAGCGAGUCUCCUAGGGAUGACAUUCCAAAGACUAAGAUACUCAGCAAGAGUGCUUCCUUCAGCCAGGGUGAUUCAGAGCCUAUGCCCCUGCAUCGACGGAUGGGAGCACCUCUAGAGAUCCCACUAGCACAAAUAGAAGAGAGACGACUGCAGGAAGCUGUAUCUAUGUCUUCUCUCACAGAGCCAGUGAAGGAUUCUCACCCUGUCACCCGUAAAAUUCAUACGCCAGAUCCAGAGAGACAUGAGGAAGACAAAAUUGAGAAAAAAGAGUCACCAGUCUACAAGGACAAUAAAUCUAAAGAAGUCGUUGUUGUGCCAAAGACUAAUGCAGAUGAAUCCAGAAGUGUUGAUCAGAAAUCUUGGGAGACUGAUGCACAAGAGAAUGUUCAGAGCAAGUUAGAGGAGCUCAGUGAUGAGUCUGAAAAAGUAGAUGAAAUUAAAUUGAAAACCCCCAUAGUUGAGGAAACAAUUGAGGAAGAGGAGGAAAGAGAGGAUAAAGAACCAGAGAAAGAAGUGGAGCCUCUUGCUCCAGAGAUUGAUGUUACAGAAGUUGAGGAUGAUGGAAAGGCAUCACCAAAGUCUCCAGAGAUCACCAUUUCCACCAGUUCCAUCAUAGUGACCCCAACAGCUGCCCCAGCUCCCAGCCCCCAGAGUGUUGUAUCAACCUUUGUGACUCCAUCACUCCCUGCACGUACAGUGCUCCCAGAUGGUAGGGUGUCUGCAUAUGCCAGUAUCAUGCAGACUAUAAUGGUACCGUCAGUCGAGGCAUCUAGCCAACCUGAUCCUGUUCCUGUACCUUCACCUACAACAACAUCCACCCCACAAUCAGUUCCAGUCUAUGCACCCAUUUCCAGACACAUCUCUGAACCAACCCUUUUGUCAACUUCAUCCAAUCCAGACCUUCACCAAUUCACUGAACAUCCUGCAGUCUUUUCUCGGGUUGCCUCAACAGAACAUCCUCCUAAAGAGCCAAGUCCUCCUAAGACUCCCACUCAUGCCUCCCCUAAGCGAGAACCAUCUCCUGGAUGCAACAUUCAGGACCUUGCAUCUGAGGAGGUCUUUGAAGCUCGCUUCAAGAAGCGUGAGUCCUCUCUAACCCGUAGUCUUAAACGCUUCUCAUUCCAGAAGACUGAAGAAAAGCCUUCAACUGUUGCUCCAGAAACUACAGAAGAAAUGUAUCGCCCAGGGCCAACUGGUGCACCUUUAGAAUUUGUACCAAGAAGGUUGGAGGAGAAGUCCAAGUCAGUUCAGGAUCUUCGUGAGGCUGAGAAGGACCCUGGGUUCAUGAGGAGACUCUCAAUGCGCUUGAAGAGAGCCCCAUCAAUAGAGAGGCAGGAAGUGAAGCUAAAAGAGGAGGAAGCUUCAGCACCCAGGCGUCGUCUGUCCUGGGCACUGGGAAGGAGGGGAUCCCAAGAAAAGAAAGAGAUUGAGAUGGUGAGGUUGGAUGGAGGUCCUGAGGCUCCCCCAGAGCCUGAGUCCAAAGCACCCUCAGAGUCACCGAUCCUUGCCAUGCGCAAGAAGAUUGGCAGUACCAUGGCAAGCCUAUCAACAAGGAUUAGGAGCCACUCUGAGGAAAGGAAAGAUGCCAGUGAAACUAAGAUGGAGAAGAGGACACCUAUAUUUACAAAAAUGCGGCGUUCCACCUCAGAGGGUAGCAGUCUGAAGAGGAUGGGUGUUCCACAGAAUCAACUGGCUACCCAAUCAGGGAAAGGGACCUCAUCAGAAUCUCUCGAUUCCAUGUCAAGCAUCCAGUCAGAAUCAGCUGUUAAAAGUGCAGAAAUUGAGCGCAGAUCACGAUGGGACCGCUGGGGGUUGACAAUGGGAAAAAGAGAUAAGACGGUUUCCCAACCAGACAUCCCAGCUUCCAUUGCCAGGGAGAAUGGCUCUCUUCGCUCUCGCCAGUAUACAAAUCUAACAUCUGACUUCCCUCCUGUGUUCCAUAUCAAACUAAGGGACCAUGUUCUCUUGGAGGGAGAUCCCGUCACUCUUAGCUGCCUCCCUGCUGGCAGUCCUCACCCACACAUAUCAUGGAUGAAAGAUAAGAAGCCACUUAUAAUCGACCCAAGGAUGAACAUGAUAUCCUGUCCUGACGGGAGACAGCUGCUGAUGAUUAUGAAGACCACCAAGAAGGAUGCAGGCCUUUAUGAAUGUGUGGCUUCAAAUGCACUGGCCUCUGUCACCAGCUCAUGUGUCGUGUCCCUUGCUCGUCUGCCUAAUAGUCCUGGGACACCUGAGGUUCAUCAGAAGUAUAAAAACACUGCUCUGGUGGUAUGGAGACCCUCUGACACCACGGCACCGUGCACCUACUCUCUGGAGAGGAAGAGAGAGGGUGAGACUAACUGGCUGAUAGUAGCCACAGGUGUGGCUGACUGUUACUACAAUGUCACGGACUUUCCAACUGGAGCUGCAUACAGGUUCAGAGUGGCCUGUGUGAACAAGGCUGGCCAGGGACCUUACAGCAAUCUGUCUGAAAAAGUUGUCCUGGACCCAACAGCAUCCCAAAAUUCUAGUGGAACAUUUGUUGUCAAGACACUUUCAUCAGCUCCGGCUCCUGCGCCUACAGUGGUAACUUCCACCAUGACUUUACCUGCAAUGAAGCCUGCUUCCAUUAAACAAGCUGCAGCACCACCGGUGACUUCAGCGCCCUCUACAGUACAGCCGGUAAAGCCUGUGUCUCCACCUCCUGCUCCUGCAUCAGCUACAACACCUUCCCCUGCAACCCUUCCCCAGAGUCAUCGUACUGUGCCUGAUAUCCGAACUCCAUCCCCUAGUGUUCCUACCUCAGCUAAAGCUAAGACUACUCUCAACAUCACUAUGGCCAAACCCUCCCCAGCAUCCCCUGCAGCUCAACCUCCACCUGCCAGACCCUCACCACCUGUCGUUCUGCCCAAACCUCAGACCCCAGUCAAUGCGGUCUGCCCCCCUCCUCAAACCCCUCCGGUGUCCCCGCCCCCUCUAGUCUCCCCUCCGCCUGCUAUCGGCAAGCCUAUCUCCUCAGUGCCUAUGUAUGUCCCGGCCACCACCACAACACAUGUGACCCCAGUCACCCCAAAGACGCCUUCUCCUGCCCUCUCACCACCAGUGGUGUUAGUUACAAGUCUGAGUCCCGUAGGGGAGGGUACUGGCCCACCCAAUCGUACGACUCCAAGUGGGAGAGCCACUCCUUCUGGACAAAUCACUCCUACAGGGCGCAGGACCCCUAUAGGAAAACCUGGAGAAUUGACCCUAAGGCAGGGAGUCCCACAGAAACCAUACACAUUCAUGGAUGAGAAAGCAAGAGGUCGUUUUGGUGUGAUCCGAGAGUGUCAUGAAAAUGCCACUGGUAACCUGUACAUGGCCAAGAUUGUGUCGUAUGAGCCUGAGAGCAAGCAGGCCGUGUUACAGGAGUACGAUAUACUGAAGUCCCUCCAUCAUGAGAAGGUCAUGGCUCUGCAUGAGGCCUACGUGACGCCACGCUACCUGGUGCUCAUCUCUGAGUGCUGCUCAGGGAAAGAGCUGCUCUAUAGUCUGAUUGACAGGUUCCGAUACUCAGAGGAUGACGUGGUGGCGUAUAUCGUACAGAUACUUCAGGGUCUGGACUACCUGCACAGCCGGAGAAUACUGCAUCUGGAUAUCAAACCAGACAAUAUCAUUGUAACUUACAUGAACGUGGUUAAGAUCAUUGAUUUUGGUAGUGCACAGACCUUCAAUCCGCUGUUCCUGAAGCAGUUCUCCCCUCCCAUUGGAACACUGGAUUACAUGUCUCCUGAGAUGUUGAAAGGAGAUGUGGUGGGUCCACCGGCUGACAUCUGGAGCAUUGGCGUAUUGACUUAUAUCAUGCUCAGCGGAAGACUGCCGUUCACUGAGAAUGACCCUGCGGAGACAGAGGCCAGGAUUCAGGCCGCCAAGUUUGACCUCAGUAAGCUCUACCAAAAUGUGUCCCAAAGUGCCUCUCUGUUCCUCAAGAAGAUCCUGUGUAGCUACCCUUGGGCCCGUCCUACCAUUAAGGACUGCUUUAACAACUCCUGGCUGCAGGACGCUUAUCUAAUGAGACUGCGGAGACAGACUCUCACGUUUACCACCACACGCCUCAAGGACUUCCUGGAGCAGCAGCAGCGGGUCAGGGCCGGGGUGGCAACAAAGCACAAAGUCCUUCUACGUUCCUACCAGAGCACUCCACAAACCCCAACUACCCCCUCAACACCCGGCACCCCUGCGGCACCCAUCCCUCAGUGAGCUCCAGCACAGGACGAGAUGAGAGAUGGCUCCGGGGUUCUCCAGGAUAAGGACAGAGAGAGACACAGCCUCAGGACAUCCCAGCACCUCUAAGCUGCCCUUGGUGGGCUCUUAGGGGACCGGUUAAUAUAUGGUUUGUGUUAGCAUAACAAGCACAGGAUCUUUUGGCCUCAACACCUGGGGUCAGUUCUGAGACAAGAAACACACACACACACACACACACACACACACACACACACACACACACCUUCAAAACUUUCAUACAAAGCAUAAUGGAUUUCAGCACAUUUACUGUACCUCUGUUAGCCAGCAUGCACAGUGCAGUUGAGUUUUUGUCCAGGAUGAUGGCCUUACUUUUUUCUUAUGACUUUUUGACAAACCAAUUUUAGCAUUUGGAUCUCUAGCGAAUGGUCAGAAACUUUGGACCCAUCAUGGUUGAGAAGAGUGACUAUAUUUAAUUUACAAAGACAGCGAUCUUGUCCAUCACUUGACGCAUAAAAAAAUGUCACUGUGUCAAUGUGUAUUUUUUGUGGUGUCUUCCAAUUGUGAACCAGGGCUUUGAGAUUUGUGGAAAAUGGUGUAUAUCUUUUUUUGAACUAGUUUUUAUGGCAUAAGUAAUACUUUUAUUACUGCUAGUUGUAAUGUAGUAAUUAUCAGUAUAUAUGAAAACUAUUGACUGAAAUAGUUUUGAGCACUCUAGUUUUCUCACUCUAGUGCCGUCAUUUACAAAACGCUUUUUGUCUUUUACUAAAGUGUUUUGACCCAAACUAAAGUGGAUUGAUUUUAUUGUAAUAUUGAAAGCCCUCACAGCUUUAGGGAGUGACUUUUUCCAAGAAUUCCCAGUGCACUGAAGCUCAUACGGUUUGGCUUUCCCUGACACCUGACAUCUUUUGAUAUGUUGCGGUAAUUGUGUUUAACUCCAGGAAUGUAUUAUAUAUUGCAGAUUUCAGCGCAUACAAUAGCGUACGCAUGCAUCAGUACAAAUUCCUCUUCAUAGCUUUUUGUUUUAAGGGGAAAACUCAGUCCCUGUGAAUGCAAGAGAAUGGUAUAACAGCCAAAUUGCAGAGUGAAUUCAAUUCUGUACUCUAGUGCUAAUUGUCUUCAUGCAAAGAUCAGCUGGUUCAAGAUGUGCCUGGAAAAAUACCUACUGAUCAAUCAUAUGGAAUGGAAAUGACUCAUAAAAGUGCCAUUUUUUUCUGAAGGGACUAGAAUAUGUUGCCAAACAUGUUAGCUGCUGCAUUUAAAUGUUUAUGAGAAUCUAAAGUAUGUUAUUUGAAGGUUUUUGUUGUAAAAUGUAUUUAUUCCCCAUAUAUGAGAAUAAAUUUAUGGUCAUGAUUAUCAUAAUCAUAACAAUAAAAUCAUAAUCUUCACUCAAUUAUAUAAAAUAUAAACUAUAUUAAGAUUUAUUUCUAUAAUAUAUUAAAUGUUUUUUCCACAAAAAUCUGAGAUUUUACGAAAAUGUUAUGAAUCCAAAAAGCGUAUUAGAUUUUAUUUGAAGACGAUGAACAUGUGUUGAUCUUGAUUUUAUUUUAUUAGAGACACUGUUAAAGUAAUUACAUAGUUUGUAUCAUUUGGAUUUAUUUUGCAUCCUGUUGAACAUAGAGUCACAGACUCAGUGCUUCUUGUAUUUUCUUUUAUUUGUUUUUGUUUAGUUGUUAAUUUAUUUAAUGGACAAUUGAGUGAUUCACAUUCACAAACAAAUCUUAUAAAUCAUAUUCAGAAUAAACAAACAAACUUACAAGCUGCUGGCAAUGCGAGAACAAUGAAAAUAGUAUCAGGGUCCCACAAUCAUGGAGAACCUGGAGAAUAUAAAUUGGACUUUUCUUAUUAGUUAUACUCAGCUUGAAUAUAUUACAUUGCCUAGAAAUUGCUCUUUGUGAGUUCAAUUUCCAAUCAAUUAAUUUUUACAAUUCCUUAUUCAGUGCUCACAAACAACAGGAACAGACACUGAAAUCCAUUUGUCAAAAGGUGCGGGAACGCCACUGUGAGUCCUGAUCCCAGACAGAAAGUGUUCACCUUUGACCUUCUAUCAUACACAAAUAUUGGCUUGAUAAAAAAUAACUGUAUUAGUGUUUAUUGCAGUACUUACUAUGAAGUUCAGUGCAAACUCUCUUCUGUUUUCCAUCACUUUGCAUAAAUGUCAAGAUUGGGUUUGUCCUUUAAUCCAAUUUGUGUAUUAUUUGUUUUAACUUGGGAUAUUAAAAUUUGAUCAAGCUUCUAGUUUCAAAUAUGUUACGGUGUGAGAACUAAACCUGAGAAGAAAUGGAAUCGCAAUAUAAAAAGGGAAAAAUUCAGACUCAGUAUGUUGUUGUGAAUAAGGUACGUGUGUUUGUGUGUGUGUGUGUUCACUACUCUUUCAGUCAUGCCGAUCAACCCUUUAAUGUGAAACUGAAUCAAGCUUUUCUGAAAUGAAUUAUGUUGCACUAAAUCAGUGGCAAUGUGGAGAUAAUAUGAAUGUUUUACAGUAGAAUGGAGUGUGUAUAUGUCGAAAAAACAUGACUUUUCAUGAAUAAAAUCAGCUGUCAGCAAUACUAAA